AUGGUUGUAGAUACAUUUCUGGAUGGAAAAAGGCGGCGCCAGGUGAGGAGGUACCUCGUGUAUGAUUUGGUGGCAGUCAAUGGGAAAUCAGUCACAGAGCUGCCUUUCAGUAAAAUAUUGGAUAUUCUCAAUAAACAGGUGAUCAGACCCCGCAAUGAUGAGAAGAAAGUCACAAGUCAUUGGUACAGGUACGAGAUGGAGCCUUUUGGGGUACGGAUAAAGGCUUUUUUUCUACUAUCUGCUCUUGAGAAGGUUUUCAAGGACUUGAUUCCCUCGAUUUCGCAUGAAGCAGACGGCCUAAUUCUUCAAGGGUGGGACGAUCCUUAUGUUCCGCAAGCCAAUUAUGAUCUACUUAAGUGGAAGUAUCCAGAAAAGAAUACGGAUGACUUUCUGUUGGAAAUGAGCAAGGAUGGCCGCCGAAUGCUUUUCUUGUAUGAAAAUAAGAAGAAGAAGCUUAUGGAAGGCUAUUCGGUUGAGUUUAGAGGUGAUAGUUGGAACAACCAGUCCAAUUACUGUGGGAAGAUUGUAGAGUGUUCAUGGGAUAGGGAGAAGAAAGUAUGGGUCGGCAUGCGGAUUGAGUUGACAAAAAUACACCGAAUGGCAUAA